AUGGUAUCAACGCGCCAGCAUCCAAGUGACUUUUUCUCCAAAUCGAUAUCUAGCCCGACGCAGGCAGCGGGAAAGAAACAUGACGUUACUACUACUAAUACUCGACAAUGGAGACAUACUCCGUCAAAGAUAGUAACACCUUGGUUAUGUCUAUCUAUUCCCUUAGUUCUCUGGGACGCAAGCUAUGUUCUCUGCCGACCGCAUAGCAUGCCGGGGGGCAAACUGCACUACCUCUGGACUCCGUAUGGGCUCUAUGGGAAAAUUGAUUACUUAUAUGGUUGGCCUGCAUGGAGCAAUGGAAAUGGGUUCACCAGUGCCCAGGUUAUAAUGAAUCUGGUCGAAUCUUCAUGCUAUCUAUUCUACCUUCAUGUGCUUUUCCAAUACGGAACCACACUUGAUCAAAAUGGGGGCCGCAAACGCGGCACAACGAGAAAAAGCGGCCCUUUGGACCCAAAGAAAUAUAUUGGUGGAAGGCUAGGGGCGAUUGCGGUGCUGGUGGUUUUCAGUGCCAGCGUAAUGACAGUCAGUAAAACACUAUUAUACGCUCUCAAUGAAGCUUGUUCUGGGUUCGACAAUGUAAGGCACAACGGCUUCUGGACGUUGAUAUUCCUGUAUAUCAUUCCAAAUGGACUUUGGAUUGUAGUCCCCGGCUACGCUUCUUAUUAUUUUGGCAAAGAAAUCAUAAAUGCCAUUGAAUCACCCAGCGCCCUCACUGAUGUUAGCGGAGACCUGAAGCUGAAGUGA